AUGUUACAACAAACAUCUGAUGCUACUGCUGGUUUUAUCCUUAGAGACGAUGUUGGGUGCCCUAUUAUUGUUUAUGCGCAAAAGAUUGGGAAGACAAACGUUCACAUUGCAGAAGUCAUUGCUCUAAGAGAUAGUCUUCUCAAAGCUCAUGAAAUGGAAUUCCAAGAUUUGAUCGUGGAAGGUGACUACGCAUUAGUUAUCAACCGUAUCAAGGGAAACUUUAAGUGUCCGUGGAGGCUGCUGCAACUUGUCCAAAACAUCAAUAGUAUUGCCGCUUUCCAGAGUAUAGUCUUUUAUCAUGUUCUUCGCGAAGCUAACGUCGCUGACAACGCGCUAGCAAAUCUUGGUCACCAGCUUUCAAGGCCUAGCUAUUGGGAGUCGGAUUUUCUCUUGUCCGUAGGGCUUGCUGUUAAUUUUGAUCUCUUUGGAGCAGAUUGCUUCCAGAGAUCUAUUUUGUAA